UAAAACACUUGUGGGUUUGGACAUUAGAGACUUGCAGCAUAAAUGUAUGCAACACAAUCUUAUUUGAAAUGGGUGAUGUUGUAGUUGUUAUUGUAAAGGUUCUCAAUGACAUGUAAGCGCGUGCGCACACACACACGCGCCCCUCCGCCCGCUCCCACCAAUCCAAACACAUCCUCCAGCCUCGCGCCGUCACCGGGAGCUGGAUCAGCAGGAUCAGGACAAUAGCAUCCACCACUGCGUCGACGCAUAUUCCGACAUUUCUCUUUGUGCAAACGGACAAAUCGUGAACAUAACGGCGCUGCUGGACACCGGGAGGACGGUAUGGGGGAGCACGCGGCGUUUCUGCUGUUACUCGUGGCGACCUUGACGCUUUCAUCCGAGGUGCCAGAUGAUGACUCGGUGGGUUUGCUAACCGAGCCCCAGGUGGCCAUGUUCUGCGGGAAGCUCAACAUGCACAUCAAUGUGCAGAGCGGCAAAUGGGAGUCCGACCCUUCUGGUACCAAGAGCUGCAUUGGCACCAAGGAGGGCAUCCUGCAGUACUGCCAGGAGGUGUACCCAGAGCUGCAGAUUACAAAUGUUGUGGAGGCCAACCAGCCUGUCAGUAUCUCCAACUGGUGCAGGAAGGACCGCAGGCAAUGCCGCAGUCAUGCACAUAUUGUGGUGCCACACCGCUGUCUGGUAGGAGAGUUUGUGAGUGACGCCCUGCUCGUUCCCGACAAGUGUAAGUUUCUGCACCAGGAGCGUAUGGAUCAAUGCGAGAGCCACCUGUACUGGCACACUGUAGCCAAAGAGUACUGCGGAGACCGCUCCAUGAAUCUCCAUGACUACGGGAUGCUGCUGCCAUGUGGUAUAGACCGUUUUCGAGGGGUGGAGUUUGUGUGCUGCCCGGCCUGGGCUGAACGGGAGUCAGACAGCGCACAGCUUCAGGGGGAGGAAUCCGAUGUGUGGUGGGGCGGAGCUGAGAGCGAAUACUCUGAUAACAGCAUGACCCGCCCAACGGACAUACAGCUGGCCGCCAGGGAGGAUGACGAGGAUGUGGACGAAGAGGUGGAAACGUUUGAAAGGGAUGACAACGGGGAUGGAGAAGAAGAUGACGAGGAAGUCGAUAUGACGGAUGACCGAGAUGGCGAUGAGCCCAACGCUAACAUCGCCAUGACAACAACGACAACCACCACCACUGAGUCAGUUGAAGAGGUCGUUAGAGCGGUUUGUUGGGCUAGUGCUGAGUCAGGCCCAUGUCACGCCAUGCUGGAGCGUUGGUACUUCAUGCCUGAGACGGGCCGCUGCGCCCCCUUCUUGUUUGGGGGCUGUGGGGGCAACAGGAAUAACUUUGAGUCGGAGGAGUACUGCCUCGCUGUCUGCAGCAGCUCGUUACCAACAAUGGCCCCCAGUCCUCCAGACGCUGUGGAUCGCUACCUGGAAUCACCCGGUGACGACAGCGAACACACAGACUUCCAGAAGGCCAAAGAAAGCCUGGAAGCCAAACACCGUGAAAAGAUGUCCCAGGUUAUGAAGGAGUGGGAGGAGGCUGAGAGGCAGGCCAAGAAUCUGCCUCGUGCAGACAAGAAAGCAGUCAUCCAGCACUUCCAGAUAAAGGUGGAGGCUUUGGAGCAGGAGGCAGCGGGGGAGAGGCAGCAGCUGGUGGAAACCCACAUGGCCCGGGUGGAAGCUCUGCUGAACAGCCGCCGACGCCGGGCUCUCGAAAAUUACCUAAGCGCCCUGCAGGCCAAUCCUCCACGGUCCCGUCAAGUUUUGAGCCUGCUGAAAAAGUACAUCCGCGCAGAGCAGAAGGACAGGCAGCACACGCUGAAGCAUUAUGAGCACGUCCGCACAGUCGAUCCCAAGAAGGCUGCUCAGAUCCGCCCUCAGGUGUUGACUCAUCUUCGUGUCAUUGAUGAGAGGAUGAAUCAGUCGUUGGGUCUGCUCUACAAGGUGCCAAGUGUGGCAAAUGAGAUCCAAAACCAAGUCGCAAUUAUAAUGCAGCGAGUUCAGGCGGAGCUGUUUCAGCAAGUCUCUUCACUGCAGAGCGAUGGUCGGAUGGAUGGCAGGGUGAGUUAUGGCAACGACGCUCUGAUGCCUGAUCAGGCCUACAGCUCGGCUCCUAUGGACCCUGGCCUGGAUGGGCUGGGGUUCAUUCACCCUGAGAGCUUCAAUCAGCCCAACACAGAGAACCAUGUUGAACCCGUCGAUGCUCGUCCAAUUCCAGACAGAGGACUCCCCACACGGCCUGUGUCUGCCCUGAAGCCGGAGGAGAUGCCAGAAGUGCGGAUGGACACUGAAGAGAGGCAGAGUGCUGGAUAUGAAGUUUAUCAUGAAAAACUGGUGUUUUUCGCUAAUGACGCUGGAUCCAAUAAAGGCGCCAUUAUCGGGCUGAUGGUUGGUGGGGUGGUCAUAGCAACAGUCAUUGUCAUUACCUUGGUGAUGCUGAGGAAGAAACAGUACACUUCAAUUCACCACGGCGUGAUCGAGGUGGAUGCAGCUGUGACGCCAGAGGAGCGUCACCUGGCCAAGAUGCAGCAGAACGGCUACGAGAAUCCCACCUACAAAUUCUUCGAGCAGAUGCAGAACUAAAAAGCUGCACAACAACAUUUCCCCCACAGUGUCAGCCUGCGCUCUGUUCCAUUCAGCUCCUUUGCCCUCAGCCCCAGCACCUUCAGCGCCCUGUUCAGGAGGUGAAGGGUGCGAGGAUGACUGCAUAGCCUGGUUUGUGUCUUUGAAAAGGAAAGGAGACACUUUUGUCAGGGGUUUGGGCCAAAGAAAACUGAUAUGGAACAAAGCCUCCUUAAAUCCCUUGAUUGUACAGAGCUAAGCAUUACCCAGCAGCCCGGUUAGACAAAGGUAUCCUGUUACACCUACACAUUUCAGUCAGCCCCUGGAGUUCUCAUAGCAUUUGUACUGGAAAACCCCCCGUCGACUGUUUAUACGUGAUCACGGCAGUAAGACACCCACAGCCGAAACUUGUAAUUUACCAAUUACUCCCUCACUGCUCCUCAAACCGGUCCGACGAGAGCUCUCAGAGCGACCCGUCGCACGAAUAGUGUUUCAGGUUUAUUUUUCAAAAAAUGAGAAAAAAAUGAAGAAAAAAAUACAUA